GCUACCUGUACCUGCGCAUCAUGUACAUUUUAUUUAUAAUUGUAAGAACCAAUAAUUAUUCUUUCAACACAGUUCUCCCGAGAAAAAUGUGCAACUCUGAAUUUUCCUUAAAAAAACCCUGACCCCAGUAAUUAUGAGUAGACAUUUCGGAAUCAAAAGUUUCUUCAGAAAUGUAGCUUUGAUAAAUUCCUCUUUAUUAUUGAAAAAGAAACUACUAGAUUUAAACUGUAAAUUUUUACUGUAUGUAAAAAAACUACUAAUGCGCAGGGAUACCCCGUGAAAAGAUGAAAGAACAAGUUUCUUAUCAGUGGUUUUACGGAGUUUGGACUAAAGCUGUUGGAGAUCAUCAGGUGAUGGAGGAUGGCUGAGAACAUGGCGAAUACGCUGAAAUUUUGUCUUGAAAUCCUCGUCAUUUUCUUAUGUUUGAUAUCGAAUUUUUGCUUUGGUGAAAAGAGCCUUCUUCAAGCUCAUGUCCUUUACCGUCACGGAGACAGAUCUCCUGUACUAAUAUUUCCCACUGACAAGCAUAAAGAUUUUUGGCCUGAUGGACCAGGAAGGUUGACACAGAAAGGGAUGCAAAUGGAAUUUGAACUUGGAAAGUUUUUGAGAAACCGUUAUGUCAGUGAUGAGAAAUUUGUUAGUUCAUUUUAUUUGCACAAGGAGGUUUACUGUAAAAGCUCAGAUUCUGAAAGAUGCCUUAUGAGUGCAGAAUCACAGAUGGCGGGGCUAUACCCACCAAGAGAUUGGCAGGUCUGGAACAAAAAUAUUUCUUGGCAGCCAAUACCAGUUCACACAGUCCCAGGUGACAAAGAUCCUCUGCUACGACCAUGGGAUGCUAUUUGCCCAAGAUUAUCAGAGUUAAAGAGGGAAAAGAAGCAAAAUAAAGAAUAUAUUGUUAUGGAAGAAUACCAAAAGGGUUUUCUGGAAAAGCUGGAAAAAAACACUGGGUUAUCAGCGUUGGAUUUAACUAGUAUUUGGAGUAUCAGAGACACCCUGUUUGUGGAGAAGUCACAUAACCUGUCGUGGCCUAGCUGGGUGACUGACGGUGUUUGGAAUAAUUUGAAUUUCUUGUAUUUUUGGGGAUUCAAAUACAUGUUUACAGGAAACGAUGAGUUCAGCCGUCUUAGUGGGGGGUCUUUGAUAAAGUCGAUUAUUGCCAAUAUGGAGGCAAAAAGCAAGGGAAAAACUGAAACGUUCAAGCUUAACAUUUAUUCAGCACAUGACACCACUAUCUUGGCGCUGCUUGGCAGCCUCGGUUUGUACAAUGCAACAGACAUCCCCUAUGCAUCUGCCGUUCUAGUAGAGCUGUACGAAGAUUCAGGAAAGUACAGUGUAGAGUUAUAUUACCGAAACUCGACUGCAGUAGGACCAUACCAGCUUCACCUUUCCAACUGUGAAAAGCAAUGUGAACUUGGAAAAUUCGUGAGUUUAUUACAAAGCCGUGUCCCAAAAGACUAUGGUAAAGAAUGUGGAAACAUUAAAGAUGUCAAGAAAGUAAAGUCAUAUAUGAGCCUGGUGAUUGGCUUGGCAAUAGUCUCUGGUGUUCUGCUACUUGUGGUGAUCGCUAUAUUGAUACAGCACACUGAGGAGAAAAGAAAAGCAAGAAACAGUGGUUAUUUACUCGGGGGUGAUGGUCUCAAUGAAGACGAUAGCCAUGACAAUCUUUUGACUGCUUAAUUCUAUUUCCUUGAUAUUUUCCUUGCAUUAAAUUCCGCUGAUUAAACCUUUAAGGAUCUUGCGCAACCGGCAUGCUCAGCGGCAACUGUCUUGAGAAAUUGACUGUGUUUUGGUGUUUUCAUGCGACACCAUAUUAGGCCGGUUUUUGAAAUAUAGUCGCAAAGCAUGCCGGUUGCGCAAGAGUCUUAAAUGCAAUUACCAAGCGUGAUACCUAGGCGCUUUUUGAUUGAACAGUAGCUGAUUGGCAGAUUGCAUAACUCGUAUUUGUAUCUGUCUUUUGCCGUUUAUAUAUCUUUAGAAGCCAUUUAAACCAAUUUUUAAAAGAAACAAGCUGCACGAAACUCUAGAAUCAUCGACCCCACUGCCUCAGGUCAACUGCCUUAGGCCAUCUAACUAUAGUAUUAUAUGUUUACAAGAACUUGAACUGAUUGCGCUCCAUGUUACCCUUCUGGAAUACAAUGCACUAUAUUUUUGGAGCUUGAUGUAAAAUUUCAAACGAAAAAAGGAAUCUUGUAUCUUUAUUACAGAGAACACCCCACUCCAAGCCACUUGCGGUAGCAGAUAUUAAUAUGCAAUAAGAUUCUUGCCACUUUGCGUAGUCGAAUGAUUCGGUUCGAGGCUGAACACAAACAAAUGAUUGAAUCAUGUCAAUUAACCUCUGACUCUAUAGAAAGCAAAAUAUAUAUACGAUAUAUAAACGAAAUGAUGUAUAUAUAAACGAAAGCAAGGUUAACAUAUUAAUUAAGCUUCAUAAUUUAUGAAAUGUAGUCUAACUAAAUUCCUUCAAAGCCUACUAGCUUAAAUUUGCUGUUUUUGUAAGUAUUGUUAAGUUUGAUUUCGCUGAAGCCCAAGGCUCGUUUCUUCCAAUGGAAAUGGCUGUAUAUAAUUCAAAGUAAUUGAUAACUUAUUUCUAAUGACCCACAGGUGACACAGCAGCUAGUAAAUUGUUUCGAGUGAUAAAAUUGUUUCUUUUUUCUAUUUAGUAUGCUUCUAACUGUUGUAAACACCUAACUGCUUCUGGGAUUCAUUUUUUUAUAGAAGAAUUUUUGACAUCCACUCCUAUAUAAACUUAACUGAUUUUCAGACUAAAACUUUUGUUUGUACUCCUCCAAUUUAAUCGUAUAUUCGUCAAUUUGGUAGUUAAUAGUAGGAAACAUAAAUUUUUGAUUUUCUAAAUUACACAUGCAGUCACA